CUGUCCCCACAGAGGGACAAACUUUUCCCAAACCUAGUGCAAGCCCUUGAACCAAAGUUCUACUUCUUGAGCGCCGAUUCACUGAGAGCCGUCUGAGUAGAGUGCGCACUUCUCUUGACGAGAUGUCCGAGCGCAAAGAAGGCAGAGGCAAGGGGAAGGGCAGGAAGAAGGGUCGCGGCUCCGGCAAGAGGCACGAGCUCGCGGAGAGCGGUCCGAGCCCAGCCUUGCCUCCCCGAUUAAAAGAGAUGAAAAGCCAGGAAUCAGCUGCAGGUUCCAAACUAGUACUUCGGUGUGAAACCAGUUCUGAAUACUCAUCUCUCAGAUUCAAGUGGUUCAAGAAUGGAAAUGAAUUAAACCGAAAAAACAAACCACAAAACAUCAAGAUACACAAAGAGCCAGGGAAGUCAGAACUUCACAUUAACAAAGCAUCACUGGCUGACUCUGGAGAAUACAUGUGCAAAGUGAUCAGCAAAUUAGGAAAUGACAGUGCCUCUGCCAACAUCACUAUUGUGGAUUCCAAUGAGAUCAUCACUGUCAUACCAGCUUCAACUGAAAGAUCCUAUGUAUCUUCAGAGUCCCCCAUUAGAAUAUCAGUAUCAACAGAAGGAGCAAAUACUUCUUCAUCUACAUCUACAUCUACAGCUGGGACAAGCCAUCUUGUAAAAUGUGCAGAGAAGGAGAAAACGUUCUGUGUGAAUGGAGGCGAAUGCUUCAUGGUGAAAGACCUUUCAAACCCCUCAAGAUACUUGUGCAAGUGCCAACCUGGAUUCACUGGAGCAAGAUGUACUGAGAAUGUGCCCAUGAAAGUCCAAAACCAAGAAAAAGCUGAGGAGCUCUACCAGAAGAGAGUGCUGACCAUAACCGGCAUCUGCAUCGCCCUGCUUGUGGUCGGCAUCAUGUGUGUGGUGGCCUACUGCAAAACCAAGAAACAACGGAAAAAGCUUCAUGACCGACUUCGUCAGAGUCUUCGGUCUGAGCGAAACAACAUGGUGAACAUGGCAAAUGGGCCUCACCACCCUAACCCUCCUCCCGAGAACGUUCAGCUGGUGAAUCAGUAUGUGUCUAAAAAUGUCAUCUCCAGUGAGCAUAUUGUUGAGAGAGAAGCAGAGACAUCCUUUUCUACCAGCCACUAUACCUCAACAGCUCAUCAUUCCACUACGGUCACUCAGACUCCUAGUCACAGCUGGAGCAAUGGACACACUGAAAGUAUUCUUUCAGAAAGUCACUCUGUACUCAUGAUGUCAUCGGUAGAAAACAGUAGGCACAGCAGCCCAACUGGGGGCCCAAGAGGACGUCUCAAUGGCAUGGGAGGCCCUCGAGAAUAUAACAGCUUCCUCAGGCAUGCAAGAGAAACCCCUGACUCCUACCGAGACUCUCCUCAUAGUGAAAGACAUAACCUUAUAGCUGAGCUAAGGAGAAACAAGGCCCACAGACCCAAAUGCAUGCAGAUCCAGCUAUCAGCAACUCAUCUUAGAUCUUCUUCCAUUCCCCAUUUGGGCUUCAUUCUCUAAGACCCCUUGGCCUUUAGGAAGGUAUGUGUCAGCAAUGACCACCCCGGCUCGUAUGUCACCUGUAGAUUUCCACACGCCAAGCUCCCCCAAAUCACCCCCUUCGGAAAUGUCUCCACCUGUGUCCAGCAUGACAGUCUCCAUGCCCUCCAUGGCAGUCAGCCCCUUCGUGGAAGAAGAGAGACCUCUACUGCUGGUGACACCACCACGGCUGCGGGAGAAAAAGUAUGACCAUCACCCUCAGCAGUUCAACUCCUUCCACAACAAUCCCGUGCAUGAGAGUAACAGCCUCCCCCCUAGCCCCUUGAGGAUAGUGGAGGAUGAGGAGUAUGAAACGACCCAAGAGUACGAGCCAGCUCAAGAGCCUGUUAAGAAACUCGCCAAUAGCCGGCGGGCCAAAAGAACCAAGCCCAAUGGCCACAUUGCCAACAGGUUGGAAAUGGACAGCAACACAAACUCUGAGAUCAGUAACUCAGAGAGUGAAACAGAAGAUGAAAGAGUAGGUGAAGAUACACCUUUCCUUGGCAUACAGAAUCCCCUGGCAGCUAGUCUCGAGGCAGCCCCUGCCUUCCGCCUGGCUGAGAGCAGGACUAACCCAGCAGGCCGCUUCUCUACACAGGAAGAAUUGCAGGCCAGGCUGUCUAGUGUAAUUGCUAACCAAGAUCCUAUUGCUGUAUAAAACAUAAAUAAACACAUAGAUUCACCUGUAAAACUUUAUUUUAUAUAAUAAAGUAUUCCACCUUAAAUUAAACAAUUUAUUUUAUUUUAGCAGUUCUGCAAAUAGAAAACAGGAAAAAAAACUUUUAUAAAUUAAAUAUAUGUAUGUAAAAAUGUGUUAUGUGCCAUAUGUAGCAAUUUUUUACAGUAUUUCAAAAUGAGAAAGAUAUCAAUGGUGCCUUUAUGUUAUGUUAUGUUGAGAGCAAGUUUUGUACAGUUACAGUGAUUGCUUUUCCACAGUAUUUCAGCAAAACCUCCCAUAUUCAGUUUUUGCUGGCUUUUUGUGCAUCGCGUUAUGAUGUUGACUGGAUGUAUGAUUUGCAAGACUUGUAACUGUCCCUCCGUUUGCUUGUAGUAGCAUCCAAUCAGUAUGCCUUGUAAUGGCACAUCCAUCCAAAUACUCUUCUCUUUUUUUAAGAAGUUUUCUUUGCUUUCCGUAUAUGAAAUGAGUUGUGUCUACUCUGCCAGCCAAAGGUUUGCUUCAUUGGGCUCUGAGAUAAUAGUAGAUCUAACAGCAUGCUACUAUUAAUUACAGCAGGAAACUGCAUUAAGUAAUGUUAAAUAUUAGGAAGAAAGUAAUACUGUGAUU